AUGGACCCAUCUCUCGUCUCUCGAAUCGAGAAUUUUGCUAAUCGGAUGGAAAACAUACUUAAGAAGUAUGAAAGUACCGAUUCGGUGAGCAUUAGCCAUGGUCCGGGUAGUAAUCUUCCUAAAAAUAAUUCGACAUCUACAUCUACACCACAACUUGUCAAAAUUCUCGAUAAUGUGAUUCACGAAAAACUCGUCAGUUUUCUUGAAUUGUCAGCAAAAAUUGAUAUUGAGGUUGAUCACCUUGGAGGACUGGUAAAAAAUGCUUUCACUGAGCAUCGCCACGUACUGUGGACAGCUUGUGGUAUGCGCCAGCCCGAAGACACAAAGUUCGCCGACCUCAUCAACGAGUUAUCUAAGAAGAUUAUCGCCGUUAGUGAGUACAAAGUGAAAAAUCGAAAUUCCAAAUUUUCGAAUCACUUAUCUGCCGUUGAAGCUGCUGUUGGUGGUCUAGGAUGGGUGGCGCAACCAAAUACACCGGCUCCGUUCAUUAAUGACGCUCUUGAUAUGUCCAUGUUUUACAUCAAUCGCAUAUUCAUGGCUCACAAGGAUAAAACAGAUCACAACUUCGAAUGGGCAAAAACACUCAAAGAACUUCUGACUAAACUACAUGGAUAUGUGGCGGAAAAUCAUGUUACUGGAUUAGUUUGGAAUUCUGAACCUGGCACGAAGCCUACUAAACAAUCUUUAGUACCUGUUACUACCUCAGGAGCACCACCACCGCCACCUCCUCCGCAGGCGUUUAUGAUUCCAGAAACGUCUAAGAAAUCGUCAGUAAUGGCUUCUCUGCUUGAAUCUCUCAACACUGGACUUUCUGCUACAAAGCGCUUGAAAAAAAUUACUCCAGACAUGCAAACCCACAAAAAUCCUGCUCUUCGUGCUGGGAAACAAGUUAUGAAGGAGGAAAAGGAAAAUAUCGCGCUGACACACUCUAAACCUGGAAAAACUCAUGAUCCGAUAAUUUUGUGGGACGGCAAGAUCUGGAGAGUUGAACAUCUGGUUGGUAACAAAAACGCAGUAGUGGAGGUUACUGAGAUGAAAGAGGCUAUUUAUAUCUUCAAGUGCACUGAUUCCAUUAUCAAGAUCAAAGGAAAAGCCAACUCAAUCACGUUGGACAGAUGCCAUCGAACAUUUGUAGUAUUCGAUGGCCUUGUUGGCCCAUUUGAAGUUAUCAACUCGCAAUCGAUCGAAAUUCAAACACUUGGAGACCUCUUAACUGUUUCCAUUCAACAAACAGACGGAUGUAACAUUUUUCUCUCACGCGAUUCUUUGAAAGCUAAAAUUAUUGCUUCAAAAUCCAGUGCGGUAUGUGUUUCUGCCCAACUGGAUGAAGGAGACGAUGAGUACAAGGAGAUGGCUGUCCCAGAUCAGUUUAUGACUCAGAUUGUUGGAAAGAAGCUGGUCACCACCGUUUCAGAAAUCGUAUAA